CUUAACGUAACGUGGGUAGUUUUCUGUCUGACGUCACAAGGUGUUAAUCCUGCACACUUUGACCCGAGGUCGAUACCAUUGUUGUUGAAAUGCGCACAGGUCGCCCCUCCCUCCAAACGGUCCCUGAGCCGGGGGACUCCGCCUUUUCUACAGGUGAUCUCCUCACUCGGAGGUGAGACGGGGGAAGAGGAGGAGGCAGGAAAAUUUGCAACCGUGUUGUCACAUGGUAAUUUCAAACGAUAGCGGACAAACAGAUUUAGUCACGUGGUGUGUGUGUUCUAAAUACCGGGGGCACCGAGCGCUGACGUUGAUUUAUCGUACGAACGCCAGCAAGUUUAUAGCGGCAAUCUAGUUCAAGUUGGGCCAAUGAAAGCUCGCUAGAGGAUGGACGGGAAUAAUCCGUACUAUGGCGGGUACCCGCGGGAAGGGUACGAGGCGCAGCGGCCGAUGAUCCCGGCGUCGUACCAGCAGCACCAGGCCCGGUCGUCCUGCCUGUACGCCAACACCCAGCAGCCGCAGCACGCCAUGCCCUACCCGCCGCCAAACAUGUCCGUCGUGGAACUGGAUCAGCUGGACGCGGAACUUCCGGGCGGCGGCAUGCCGGGCCCCGGGCCCAUGGCGUCCUCGGGACCGGGACCGACCCAGCCCGUCCACCACGCCGGCCCUCCCCCGGCCCCGCAGUCCAGCUGCGCCGUCAACAGGAACGAGAACCUGCCGUUCCCCUGGAUGAAGACCACCAAGUCGCACGCCCACGCCUGGAAGUCGCAGUGGCCAGGUGCGUCCUUUGCUGUGGAGGAUGAGAACAAGAGAACGCGCACAGCCUACACUCGGGGCCAGCUACUGGAACUGGAGAAGGAGUUUCACUUCAACAAGUACAUUUCCCGGCCGCGCAGGAUAGAGCUGGCCGCCAUGCUCAACCUCACCGAGAGACACAUCAAAAUCUGGUUCCAGAACCGCCGCAUGAAGUGGAAAAAGGAGCAGGUGCGGCGCAGGGGACCUCCGCACCUUCCCACACGGGCGGCGUUCCCGUAG